AUGGCGCAAAAUGUCGACCUCGUAUCUAUCCUUCGCGAUGCCCCCGCACUUCAGCAGGCCGAGGCCAAAACAGGUCAACAGCCCGGUUGGGAGAGAACGCGCCGAAGAAUGUCUGUUGCCGACCAAAAACGCGCCGUCGAUGAGCAAGCGACCGCUCCGGGUGUGUCCAUGGCCUCCUUCGCUCAUUUGGACGAGAAGAAGAUCCUCCGCAAGAUGGACAUCCACAUCGUCCCCAUCCUCGCCCUUCUCUACCUCAUGUCCUUCCUCGAGCGCUCAAACAUCGCAAAUGCUGAGGUAGAGGGUAUGAGGGAUGACCUCAACAUGAGCGGCGGCCAGUAUAACUGGACCCUGACAAUCUUCUUCUUUUCCUACUGCGUCUUCGACCUGCCUAGUAAUAUUGUACUCAAGAAGCUGCGCCCCAGCAUCUGGCUACCGUCUACAAUGAUUGCGUGGGGAACCGUAAUGACACUCAUGGGCCUGGUUCAGAGCUACAAAGGCCUCCUUGCUGCUAGGUUCUUCCUCGGGCUUACUGAGGCCGGGUACCUGUCCUUGCAUGCUUCCUCCCUGAUGCCGACUGCUGAUCAGGAGAAUAGUCUAUACCCCGGAGCGACAUUCUACAUCACCAUGUGGUACUGCCGCGAUGAAGCUCUUUGGCGGCAGUCCCUCUUCUUCAGCGCCGCGAGCAUCGCCGGCGCCUUCUCCGGCCUCCUCGCCUUCGCCAUUGCGAAGAUGAACGGCGUCGCCGGCCUCGAAGGCUGGCGCUGGAUCUUCAUCCUCGAAGGCAUCGGCACCGUCGUCAUCGCUGUUUUCGCCUUCUUUAUCCUCUGGGACUACCCCGAAACCGCCUCAUUCCUCACCGCCGAAGAGCGCGCCUUCGUCGCCCACCGCCUCAAAUUCCAGGCCCACAUAGUCGACGACGCCGGGCGAAUGAUCCCGCAGAACGACGAGUUCAGCUGGUUGUACGUGCGCGCCGCCAUCCUCGACUGGCAGAUAUGGGUCAACAUCAUCGUCUACUGGGGCAUCACCUGCCCGCUCUACGGCAUCUCCCUCUUCCUGCCGUCCAUCAUCAUCGAGGGCAUGCACGUCUCGGCCUCGACCGCGCAGCUCCUGACCAUCCCCAUCUACAUCACGGCCGCCGCGUGCUCCAUCCUCUUCGCCUUCCUCAGCGACCGCCGCGGCCAGCGCUCGCCCUUCAUCCUCUUCUUCUUCUUCGUCAUGGCCAUCGGCUUCAUCACCUGCAUCUCGUCCAGCCGCCCCGGCGUCGUCUACGCCGGCGUCUACAUCGCCGCCUGCGCCAUCUACCCGGCCUUCCCCGCCAACGUCACCUGGCUCAGCAACAACCUCGCCGGCACCUCCAAGCGCGCCGCCGGCAUGGCCAUCCAGAUCGGCGUCGGCGCCUUGGCCGGUGCAAUGGCAUCCAACUUCUACCGCGAGCGCGACAAGCCGCGCUACAUCCUCGGCCACGCCCUGGAGCUGGCCUUCAUCAUGGCCGGCGCCACCGCCGCCGCCGUGCUCAUGCUCAGCUACUCGGUCCUCAACCGCCGCCGCGCCGCAAGCGUCACCCGCGGCGCCCACUUCGACUACUCGCCCGCCCAGCUGAGCGAGCUGGGCGACAAGGCCGUGACGUUUCGGUACUUUCUGUGA